AUGAGUGAUAUUCGGCUAGGCGAUGCUGACGAGGUAUCUGCUCUUGUCAUUUCUGAGAACAAAGAAAAGGUAGAGGAGCAGAAACCUUUAGUUAAUGUUGAUGAUAUCGUUCAAGAUUCGACAAUUAUGAUCGAAAUGGCCCAAAGGCUUGCGAAAAACUACGAAGAUGUUGAAGCGGCAGGUACACUUAUCGAACUUGUUGCUCCUUAUAUUGAAUUUCCACAACUUCUCGAUUCAACUUUAAAUAAAUUAAUGUCUUGCUUAACAAAAGCAUGCAUUGAGUCACUUGGAAAGAAUGUUCCAAAUAUGAUAUACAUGUGCAUCUACAAUUUAUCAAAUAUUCGUGGUUUCAGAGAAAUUCUUCCUCUCUUUCCUAACCAAGUAGAGCUUUUUGAACCAGUUACAAAAGUAUUUUGCCAAGAUAUCCAAUCAUGGGAAGUCAAAUUCGUACUUUGCUUAUGGCUUUCUCAGCUUUCUUUAGUUCCUUUCGAUAUUGCAACAAUUGGAUCUACAUUAGCUGAUGAUUUACUUGAGUGGGCAACUAAACUCCUUAGCUCCCCAACGAAAGCAUCAGAAUCUUCAGCAUUUUUCCUUUCAAGACUUUUCCAACGAAAAGAUAUGGUUGAAAAGCGUGCAAACUUCAUCAAACAAGCCUGUUCACAUAUUACAGAUAAAUCAGAGCGCUUAGUUACUAAUUAUCUCAGAACCCUUUUCUACAUUUUUAAUAAUCAAGAUUAUAACUUAGUUCAGCAAUUCGGAAAUACCAUGUAUGACACAUUAAGCAUUCUCUCUGAAUCACCAUCAGCUCAUCAGAGACUUUUCCAAAUUAAAAUCAUCCAAAAAGUCGGUUUGGCUUUUCUUCCACCUCGUGUUGCCAAAUGGAGAUACCAACGUGGCUCCAGAACACUUAAUCUCGACGGAAACCAGGCCAAACAAUCGAAUGGCCCAACAGAAUCCGCAUCAGAUGCUCUUUACAAGAACGAAGACGAUUUCUAUGUAGAUGAAAUUGUCGAGAAAAUUCUUGCCCUCUUAUUUGAUGCCUUGGAAAGCCACUUAACCGUUGUAAGAUGGUCCGCAUCAAAAGGUAUUGCAAGAAUUGUCGAACGCCUUCCAUAUGAUGACGCCAGCCAAACAGUAGAUUACUUAUUUAAGUUAUUUGAGCUUACAGAUAACGACAAUCUUAUCCACGGAGCUUGUUUAACAUUAGCCCAAUUUACAUUACGCGGAAUCAUCCUUCCAUCUAACUUACCACGCGUUAUUUCAGUAGUUAUGAACUCCCUCAUCUCCGAUAUCCCUCAUGGCAACCAUACUGUCGCUGAAUCUGUUCGAGAUGCCGGUUGUUUCAUUUGCUGGGCCUUGGCGAGGUCAUACGAUGGUCCAACAUUAGAACCAUAUGCAUUGACAUUAGCACAGCAACUUGUCAAUGUUUUCCUCUUCGACAGAUGUGUAAAUAUCCGAAGAUCUGCAUCCGCGGCCUUCCAAGAGAACGUUGGAAGACAUGGUCGUUUCCCACAUGGCCUAGAACUCAUCCACAUUGCAGAUUUCGUCACUGUUUCCUCAAAGGCUGGCUGUUAUUCAAGAAUUACUCGUUUCGUGGCCCAAUUCCCUGAAUAUUCAGAAUCAAUGGCCAAAUAUCUUGUCAAUGACAGAUUGACGCAUUGGGACCAAGAAGUCAGAGAACUCGCAUCAGGAGCCAUUCAAAUGCUUGCUUUAGAGUUCCCACACGUAAUAACAAUCAAUCUUGUUGACGAGAUCUGUAUCCACUGCAUGAGCAUUGAUGUAGACAUCAGACACGGCGGCCUUGAAUGUCUCGGAAGACUUUUAAAGGUAAGAGAUGUUGAAGAAGAAUGUUUAAAAGAUUUGUUGAAAUUAGAUUCGAAUUAUCAAAUUGACAAUGUCAAAUGUUCUUUCAUAAGAAUGCUCGCGGCUGCAGUUAAAAGAGGACACAAAGUUGAUGAUUACGCAGAACAAAUGAAACAAUGGAUGACGGAAGGAACAAAUGAAGUACAAAAUGCUGUCGUUGAUUCAUUAAAUUACUUAAAUGAAGGUGAAGGAAAUAAUGUUUUAGAUGACAAUUUCUUUGAUACAAUGUUGAAUGAUUUGAAGUCUCCUGGUGUUGCAGCAGCAUUAAGUUCAUUCCCAAGCGAAUUCGCUAAGAAGAAGAUCAAUGUAAUAAUAGAUUCAAUUAAAAAGAUCUUUUCCGAAAAGGAAUCAAUUACAGACACGAAAAAGAAUAUCAUGGAAAGUUUAGUUUAUAUUUCUCAAUUUUGCAAUGAUGACAAUUUGAUUGAAAUUCUCAAACUUGGAUUAAAUGACAGGACAACAACAAAGAAAGGUGAUGAAGGAUCAUUAGUAAGAGGUCCUGCUUUGAAGACUUUGGAUGCUUUGAUUGCAAAACGAAAUAUUGGAAAAGAAUUAGUUAUUGAUGUUUUGAAAUUAUGUUUAGACAAAAUUACAGGAAUAAGAGAAUACGCUGUUAAGAUAUUACUUAAGAUUGCUUAUUAUACUGAAGAUUUACCAAACAGAGAAAGUGUUUUGAGACUCCUUAAAUCUCAAAACAAAGCAAAUGUUCCUGAUGCAGAUAAAUUGCCACUUUUAGAAGAUGUUUUGAAGAUUUUGAACAAGGAUCAAACAGCUCCUAAAUGGCUUGAAGUCAUGAGACUUGCUGAAGUACAGAAUAUAUCUAUAGAGCACUUCAACCAAUUGAUUGUUGUUCCGGAUUACGCAGAAACUGUUGUUGAAGGAUUGAUUUCUUGCAGUGGAGCUUUUGCACCUGAUUUAUCUAAAAGAAGUAGAAAUUCAUUGUUGUCUUUCAUGAGAAAGAAAGGCACUGAUAACGCAAAACUUGUUUCUUCUAUUAUAAUUCAAUUGUACACAAAACAAUGGGGAAUUGUUAACUUCCAGAACUCUUUGUUCGCUUUCUUACCUUUGCUUUUGGGAAGUGGUGUUUUAUCAGGCGAAAACUUGGCAGAUUUCGCUGAUAAGUUUUUGUCAGUUACAGAACAAAAAUAUUUCAAUAAGAAGACACCACAAAAACUUUUGAGAAUCACAAGAGUUCUUGGUUCAUUGGCUGCUGUUUGCGAUGGAAAUGAAAUGAAGAGAGCUUUCGCUUUGUUGGCUCCUUUAUUCGUUUGCGAAUACGCAAAUGUAAGAGAUUCUUCCGCAAAUGAAUUGUAUUCGAAUUUGAAGGCAAGAUCUGUUUCAAGUAACCCAUUGCCUUUCAGUUUCGAAGAGGCAGAAGCAGUUUUAACAAAGACACAAUGGAGAGAAGUAGUAAGUCAGGAAGCAAUCAAUAAACUUUGCGGACUUUACGGAGUUGACGCUCCUGUUGUAACAGAAACUGAUGAACAGAAUGCAACAACAACAAAGAAGGAAUCCUACAAUUAUGGAUUACUCGCAAAGUCAAUGUAUUAA